AUACAGAUUCAUGUUGAAUGCGAGUGACAUUGUAGGAAACUCUUUUGAUGAAUCCAUUCAGUUCUUCGUUGACGCGAGCCCUCCAGUAAUAUCUAAUGCCUGGUUAGUACGGGAUGGACACCAACAACUGUUUGUUCACAAUUCCACGGAUCUAUUUAGAAUGUGGCUGGAGUUUGACUCGUACGACACUCACAGUGGACUUUUACAAGUUCUCUGGUGGUUCUACGAGACAGAACCGGAAAGACUGAUAGGACAAGGAGCGGAAGGAGUACGACAAACCAAUAACGAGACGUCAUGUUCAGAACCCCAGUUGUGUAUAUGUCCAUUUGUCGGUAUCUGCCAAUUUGUCCACUUCAGUUUUGACCUAAACGCAUUAACUGUUAACAACACUCAUAUAGGUAACCAUAACCGGAAGUACUACUACAAGAUUGAAGUUACAAAUACGGCCCUAUUGACAACGUCAGUUGUAGUCGACGUAGAUGUUGACGAAUCGCCACCAGCAGAUGGCGUUGUUUACGAAGGAUUAGACGGCCAGACAGAUAUUGACUACAUCAGUGAGUCCCGUAUCUCUGUUCACUGGCACGGUUUUAUUGAUCAUGAAAGUGGAAUUGAGUUCUACAAAGUAGCUGUUGCGACCAGAUGUCUCCAAAAGAAUGAAAUAGUUUCAUCAGGAAACUUAACGGGACACAUCCAGUAUAAAAAUACAACAUCAACAUCAACCCAGUUUGAUAUACAAGCUCAAGGGAAAUAUUUUGUUACCGUUAUCGCGUUUAAUCGUGCCAUGGAACCUUCAUCUGCCGUAUGUUCUGAUGGCUUCACAAAAAAUGACUCUCCACCUGAAAUAACCAAUGUUACACUCUCCAACGCACGGACAAGAAAACACAAAGUAUGUUAUAACGGUGACAUUUGGCUCAUUUCUGACAAGCUGACACGAACAAAUAUAACCGGAGCAUCAUUGUGUUCUCAUCCAUGUACAGACACUACAAAUGGAUUUAAACUCGAAUUACUGCCACUAGAAUACAACCAAUCAUAUAACACUAAUGCCUGCAGUAUGACGAACCUUCAUCAUUUCUACCUUCCUGUUGAUAGCAUUCGUCUUUCCUGGACAUUCCUUAACAAUAACAUACCAAUCAGCACAACCUAUGUUGGAUUUGGUUCAACCAUUCUAUCAGCUGAUUUCCCAGAUCUUCAGAACUUUGAAUCUGUUCACCAAAAUACAUUCUUCGGACAACAACAUAUUGGCUUUACUACCGGGACAGAGUUUUACAUCUUCAUCAAGGCCGUAAAUAAAGCCGGCAUUUCGACUACAGCAACAUUUGGUCCUCUUGUAAUUGACGAGUCAGCACCUAUAUGUCCCUUGUCAGUACCGUUAUAUCAGAAUGGGUCUCAUGUGGUAGCAAACCUACAUAGGAACAUGUUCACAGACGCUGAACAGCGAGAAGACGUUUCAUCCAUUGUCUACCGAAUUCAUUUUGAGAAGAAUGAGGGAAAUUCAGGCUUUUCGUCUUGGGAAGCAUUCGACACAGCCGUUUGUACAAACCUUUCUGAUUGUCUGGCUCUUUCCAUUGACUAUCUUCAGGAAUUAGUUAUGGAUGUGGAUAAUCCAUUACAUAUCGAGCUACACGUAUUCAAUAUCGCUGGUCAUUACUGCACAGUGAUGAGUGAAGCUAUCCACCUUCCCGCAAUAUAUAAACCAACCAUCGGGUCAGUAAAAGAUAUAUAUCCUGGAUUAACUGAGGAACCAUUCACCGAUAGAGAUGUUUCUUUUUCCCUCACUGGUUAUUGUGUAUCGUGGACAGGUAUAUCCGAUCAAAUGACAGCCGUGACUGUCGAAGUUGGCCUAGGGAUCAGUCCGGGUAUAGACGACAUCGAUAACUUCCACACAGUAGAGAAUCAGAACUUUCACUGCCAAAGCAAUGCAACUCUCACCAAGAACACUACUUAUUUCGCUGUAUUACGAGUAAACAACAGUGCCGGGACGGGUCUUGCGUCCUCGGAUGGGUUCACGGUACUUUCUGAGGAUGAUGUAUUGAAUAUGAUAUCGGUCUUUGAUGGUCUGGGCUGUACUAAUGAUUCAUUUGUAUGUCAAUGGACUCUGCAAUCGGACGACACUCUUCCACACGCUACUGCAUCUUGUGACCAAAUACUACACAUCGGCCACCGAUAUACUGUACAGUUCCCAGAACAGCUGCAUGACGUCAUCACUAUUACCAGCGAUGAUGUCGUAUUCAACAGAGGUGAACCAGGAAGUAUUACGUUUACACCAGUUGAUCGUCGUCCGCUUUUUACUAUCGCUUCAAAUAUUCCGGAAAACGCUCCCGAGAUGAGAUUCAAUGUAUUCCGAUGCCAGAAGGACAUCGAUUAUCAUUAUGCUGGUGCUCCUAUAGCUGUGCACUGGGAGGUAAAAGGUUACACUAAUUACAUCACACACUUUGAGAUCUCUUUGUUUGUGAAGGACAUGGACAACAGUGUUAGUGUCAUUGAAACGGUAAUCGCGACUGCCGACUUACGAAGUGUUGUAUUCACUAACUCAAUGACGGACUCAAAAUAUAUUUUUGGUUCAGUCAAAGUAUGCUUUGCAACGACAUGUCUAGCUGGAGUCGUUUCCGAUGGAUUUGUAGAAGAAAUUGAACCACACAUUGGCCCGAUCUCGGCCAUUCUAAUGGACUAUUCUGACACGUGCAGCACGAUCAAUGUGUCCUGGAGUGACGUUCAGUGUUCGAAUAUAGCCGACUCGGGUGCCUUGUUUUAUCGGUGGAGAAUAGCGGAUAGUGACAGCGGCAUGUCUACGAACCAUGACUGGACCACAAGUGUUGGAAAUAGAACCGAACAAUACCAGGUAACAGCAUGUAAAAAGAUGCCCACAGAUGUCUUUACACAACGCUACAUUUGUCUGCAAGCAUUCUGUCAUUCCGGAAGAGAGACAAUCAGUUGUGAACAAUUACAGAUACAAUUUCAUCAGAAUAAAUUCUCUAAAGAAAUAGUAUAUGACAUCGACGUGGACUCUGUUGUCUUUUCUGAAUUAAAGCUAUCAAUAUUUAGUUCAAAUAUUGGCGAGAAACUGAAUAACGUUCAUGAACUCGAGUUAGAUUACAGUCGUACCCGACCAAAGUUAGGCGCGUGUAUGAUCGGACUACAGGACAGGAAAGUAACUUGGUAUCUCAUGACAAAGUCAGAAAUCCCAAGCGACACAUGUGAUAGUGACAUCAACUGUUUGAUGUAUGGAGAAACAAAUGAAGGCGCCAUUUCCUUCGGAAAGGUAAAUCUCGACGAGGGUAAAUAUUAUAUCUGUGCCAGGAGUGCAGCAUGUAACCGAACAAGAAAGGACUUUGUAGAACAUUUCGAUAAAGUCGAAGGUUGUAGUGAUGGCUUGAUAAUAGACGAAACUGGACCAAGUCCGGGGUCUGUCAUCCUUCACUCCAAUGGAGGUUAUCUGUCUGAUAGCAAUGAAGUAUUCAUUUCCUGGACAGAUUUCCAUGACAACUUCGCUUCUUACGGUGUUGGAUUCCUGCAGUACAGAUACGCUAUUGGGUCCUAUCCCAUGGGACAAGAUGUGCAGACAUACAGAGAUGUUGGGGAGGAACAAUCAGUACUGGUACGGAAUACACGCCUGACAUCAGGGAUCGUGUACUACGCCACGGUAGAAGCCAGAGACAAGGUCGGAUUGGCCACUACAGCGAUUUCUAACGGUGUGGUAUUUGACGACACUCCUCCAGUAAAAGGUAAACUGUUUGUUGGAGACUUACACGUACACAGAUACGUGACGACACUUCAGAAUCGUGUAAUCCAUUGGAAGGGAUUCUUCGACAUGGAGUCAGGAAUUAAAUAUUACGAAGUAGCAAUAGGGAACUAUGCCGAUGUCCCGGAUGUGGUCUCCUUUCUACAUGUAGACCCCUCCACGUUUUUCUUUGACUUCAGUGAUUUAGACCUCCAGCAUGGCCAUCGCUAUUACGCAUUUCUUCGGGUAACCAACCGAGCUGGAUUGUCACUAGUAGCCGUGUCACGGUAUUUCCUUCUAGAUGAUACUCAUCCCUUACCAGGAAUUGUCCGAGAAGGCCCCGGCUAUAGUAAUGAUUUUGCUUACCAACGCAACUUCAGCCACCUGGUGUGUUCCUGGGAGGCCUUCGCUGACCCCGAGUCUGGUGUGGAUCACUACAAAGUCGGACUGGGGACGGGACCAUUCAAAAGAGACGUCAGACGCUUUACGUUUGUGGGUCUGAGAACAAAUAUGACAUGGUCUGUACCCCUGGAGGAGGGCGUUAUCUAUUACGUCACGGUUCAGGCCUGCAAUACCGGAGGACUGUGUACGGACGCCACGUCCAACGGAGUCUUGGUCGAUCAUUCGCCCCCGAUACGUGGCCAGGUACUUGUAGGACGAGCGGAAGGACAUCUAAAUUAUAUAGGACAGAGAUCACACGUGGAGGUUUUCUGGGUGGGAUUUCACGACUCCCAUUCCGACCUGGAUCAUUACGAAGUUUGUAUCAGUAGCACACUCAAUCCGGCUUGUAACGUGAUUCCUUUUACCAACACACAUCUGUCUACCGAACAUCUCUUCACUGGCCUUGACCUUCCCAUUCAAUCGCCUCUUUACGCCACAGUUUGGGCAUACAACAAAGUUGGACUUAACAUCUACGUGACGUCAGACAUGUUCUCGGUCGACGUCACUCAACCGAUCUGUAGCCAGACACCUGUAUUCACAUCUAGUACAGCUAAUAUUUCAGAGGACACUUUCACUCAAUGGGACACUUCUGUUCUCAAAAUCUCGUGGAUGUUUGAGGACUAUGAAUCCCCCAUUGUAAGACAGAAGGUUUCCGUCACAAAUCACCAUAACGGCCACACGUAUAUAGAAGACCUGGAACUUUUUAAUGAAAAUCACACCACCAUUCUACUUAAACCAGAACACUGGCUUCUCAGCGGUGACCGCUACCAGGCGACAGUGGUAGCAUGCAAUGGAGCCGGGUUAUGUACGGCGGUUAACAGUGGAUAUCUGUUAGUCGACUCAUCACCGCCACACAUUGGAGGAUUCGGUGAUGACAUGUCGUGGAGAUUACAGAACAAUGGUACUACAAUCAAUGUAACGUGGAAUGGGUUUGAAGACGUAGAAUCAGGAAUCAGCAUGUAUCACGUGAGUAUUGGAGAGACGUAUAGUGGUAAUGAAUUAUCCCUCGGCUUCAUUUCACUCAUACAUGUUGGAGAACCUGGUGCCAUUCAGUAUGGCUUCUUCAAUGUAAAUCAACAACUGGAAGUGGACAGUAAAAUCAUACUGACAAUCAUAGCGGAAAACAAUGCUGGACUAGUUACGUCUGCUACAAGGGUAACCACCCGUGUACUUAAAACAGAUAUGGAAGGUGAUUAUGGAAUCCUAAAGAUAGAAAAGCAUUCGUGUGAUGUCCACUAUUGUAACAAAGACUGUACAUGUGCUGCCCUUGGACAGAAAUGCUCUACUGUCGAUUCAAAUACCUGCAACCAAACAGACAGCUCAAAUUAUCAGUCUGUGAGUGUCUAUAGUGGGUACGAUAUCGGCGUCCAUACGCUUCAUUCACUUUCGUCAGCAUGUUUGGGUGCCAACUGGAUCCUUUCUUCUUUACAAUCUCAUCUGAACGUUAUACGCAUGGAGUGGAGUAUGGGAUUAGAAAACAUGGAGUAUGGUGCUGGUAUAUUUGACACCUUACGAGAAGAGGUAUGGCAUGAUAUAGGAAUGAGUGACAGCGUGGUUCAUUGUGUAAGCAGCGAUAACGCCCUGUUACACGACCAUAAAUACAUAACGUAUAUAAGAGCUUGGUAUGAUACAAACACCUACAGGAUAUUCAGCUCACAGUCUCUACUGAUUGACCGUACACCUCCGACUAUUUUGCAAGGAUUUCACAUAAAAGUCUCAAUAGAUAACUGCGAUUCCCAUGUAGAAUUCAUCAAAGUGACAAACUUUGUUACGGCCUGCUGGAGGAAUGGAUUCUCCGACUCUCAAAGUGGAAUCCUUCAUUAUUUGACGUCACUAGGGACAAGUCCUGGAGCCUCUGACAUGUCACCUGUACUUAAUGUUGGAAAGGCCUCGAACUUCACCUGGAGUGAGCUGGAUUUACAUGCUGGUUCUAGAUACUACGUUACAGUGACAGCUGUUAAUACACAAAACGUGUCGACUACUUAUAGCUCGGACGGGUUCGUUGUCGACACGGAACGCCCUUUGCCUGGGACUGUGUUCAAUACCAAGAACUAUAAAAACCACCUAGGGCAAGCUUCCACCGAUACCAUGGAAGCUUCCUGGAACGGCUUUAUGGACAGACAUUCACAUAUACAGCUGUAUAAAGUUGCAGUUGUUGACAUUUCAGACAAUUCCUCGUCUUUGACCUUCCAGUCGGUAGGCAGAGACACUAAAGUUACACUGCGAGGUCUACAUCUACUGGCCGGUAGGAGUUACAUUAUCAAAGUUAAGGCCGUGGAUGCGUCCGGACAGGAAAGUGACGAAGUUCUUUCUCCACCGGUGAUUAUCGAUCCGACCCCACCAGUCGCUUACCAAUGUGCCAGUUACGUUACACUGUAUAAUGAAACACAUGAAAUUAAUUUGUCUACACCAAAUGAAGAAUGGAAGAUAAGUUUGGGAAACGAUUCAAUUGUCUAUCGACUUUUGGUGACCAUAUCAAACAGCACUGAAGAUACUGGUAUAAUAGUGACUCUCAACGAUCACUCAUUUAAAGCUCAUCUGGUGCGUCAGUCUUUUUCCCAUGUCUUUACUGUUCAUUCCAAGGAGAACCUUGUUCUUUCUGUGAAAGCAUCAGAUAGGAAGGUAGACCUUGGUAGUCUCAGAGUUGUUUUGGAUGGAUGUAACGUUAGUUUACACAAUUAUUCAACCUAUCGGAUACCUCUGCAGCAGAUAGCGUUUUCUACAGUAUCAGCCAUGUUGCAGUUCAUCGAUCCAGAAAGUGAUGUGCGAUCAGUAGAAUUAGGUGUGGGGACAACUAUACACGGAUACCAGGUCCGUGCACUUGAGCCAGUGUUUACGGGAGGCUAUCACGCGUUUCCGGUUAAUCUACCUCAUGGAACCCCUAUAUAUGCUACUGCAGUGGUGGAAAACAACGUCGGUCUGCGGUCUUACUUCCGGUCAUCGCCUCUUAUUAUUGACCAUACUCCACCAACAAUAUCGGACGUACUCCUUCAGUACAGUGAUGGAACAGAGGGUCACGUGGUCAUCCAUAUCACGUGGAAAGUAGAGGACAAGGAGAGUCAGCACGUGCACUGUGAUGUAUCAUGCGGGUCGAUAUGGAGAACCGAAGGAAUGCAGACCGACAAUAUAUCUAAGAUAAGUGUGGAUUCAGAACCCCUCAGAAUCCCUCAUGGCACCAUUAUCACUGGUACAAUCACGUGUGAAAACAAUGCCGGGAUGAUAAAACAGACCCGUACAAAUGACGUCACCAUCCUUCUUGAUCCUCCCGGACAUACCGACAGCCGAAUACAAUUCCUAAAUGUUCACGGUACCACGGUCACUGGACAGGUCGUGACGAGGUUCGGGGAGAACCUUCAGUUCCAUUGGGACGAGUUUGACUACCCCGUAGGUGACGUCACGUACCAGUAUCGUAUAGAUUACAUGAACGGUUCCAAGACAUCGUGGGUAGACGUGGGUUUCCGUAGCUAUGUUACAACUUACACGUUAAACAUCGUGGAGGGCUCGGAAUGUGGCUUGGAAGUAAGAGGCUCUAACGAGAGAGGCGUUUUCAGCGAGAGCAUCAACUCAACCAUAUAUGUACUCAGACACUCACCGUUAUUGACAGGAACGCCAUGUGAAUUCCCGGAAGUUGAGGGAGGAACUGUCACCCUUAAUUGUUCCCAGGUUUUUGAAGUGACCGACAGGCUGAAGACGUCCUACAUACUGACAGUUGGCACCGAACUCGGAUUCUCUGAUGUCGUGUGGUAUCACGUGUUUGACAGUAACGUCUUCACGUUUGAGUUGGAUGACAAUAUAGCGGAACUUUUUGUGAUGGUAACAGCUGUGUAUGACACCGGUCCAGAA